AUGAGAAAGCCACAUGCUAUACUUGUACCUUAUCCAGCACAAGAUGCGUUCUCUGAAGAUGAGAAGUUGAAUGAUUUAGCAAGUCUUGUGUCACUACCAGAUGGAUUGGAAACAGGAGAGGAUAGAAACGAUUUUGGUAAGCUACCAGAUGCAAUCUUUCGAGUCAUGCCUGAAAAGCUUGAAGAGAUGAUCAAAGAACUUAAUGCAAAAGGAGAUGAUUUUGAGAAAGUUACAUGUAUUGUUGCUGAUAUUUGUAUGGGUUGGGUGUUUGAAGUCGCUAAGAAGAUGAAAAUAAGAAAAGCAGCCUUCUGGCCUGCAGCAGCUAUAAGCUUGGCCUCUCUAUUUUGCAUCCCUAAGUUGCUUGAAGAUGGAAUCAUAGAUAACAAGGGGACUCCCAUGAAGAAGCAAAUGGUUCAACUAUCACCAACCAUGCCUGCUAUAAGCUCUUUAGAGUUUACAUGGCUGGGAAUUGGCGACUUAAAGACACAAGAAAUACUUUUUAAUUUGAUGGUAAAAGCCAGUGAGUUUGUGACACUGGCAGACUUCACAAUCUGCAAUUCAACUUAUGAAUUGGAGAAAGGAACAUUUACUUCAUAUCCUGAGAUCUUGCCAGUAGGUCCACUACUGGCAAGCAACAGAGUGGCCAAUCAGAUUGGCCACUUUUGGAAAGAGGACUCAACGUGUCUGGCAUGGCUUGACCAACAGCCAGCACGUUCAGUCAUCUAUGUUGCAUUUGGAAGCUUCACGCUUUUUGACCGUACCCAAUUUGAUGAGCUGGCACAUGGACUUGAAAUGACCAAUAUGCCCUUCCUGUGGGUUGUGCGGUCUGACAUGGUUAAAGAUACGCAAAAUGACGGAUUCGAUGAUAGAGUAAAGAGUCGUGGAAGAAUAGUGGGGUGGGCCCCACAGCAGAAGGUUUUGAAGCAUCCUUCUGUUGGUUGCUUUGUGAGCCAUUGUGGUUGGAACUCUGUGUUGGAAGGUGUUAGUUGCGGUUUACCAUUUAUGUGUUGGCCUUACUUUUCUGAUCAGUUUGCCAAUCGGAUGUACAUUUCUGAUGUUUGGAAGACUGGAUUGGUGUUUGAUAAAGAUGAAAGUGGUAUUGUUUCAAGAGAAGAAAUCAAGAAUAAGAUCGAGCAGCUACUAGGAAAUGAUGAAUUCAAGGUUAGGGCGAUUGAUCUUAAAGAAAAGGUUGCAGUUGCUGUAAGCAAAGGUGGUCACUCUGAUAAGAACUUCAGCAACUUCAUUGACUGGAUACAGGAAAAAGACACUUAGUCUGUGGGAGGUUUAGAGAAUUAAUGGUCAUUUUGCAUUCGUUUAGUGCCAGUUAGAAAUAUAUAUAGUUAUUUAUAGUAAAGGGUUUUGGAGUAUUAAAAGUUGUUUUAUCUUUCUUCUCUAUAAUGGCUUGUGUAUGUGUGAGUCUUUAACCUCGCUAUGAACAUACAAGAAUUCCUUCCAGAAUUCUGGCAUCUAUCUCAUGGACUAAAAGUGUUAUGAAGUAGUAAAACGGGGAGAAAAAAUGAAUGAAAAAAAAACUAUUUCUUUUUGGACAUUAUCCAAAUUAGAACAAG